AUUGAUAAAGCAAAAAAAUUUUUUCUUUUUAGUUUUAAUAUGGAAUUUUUGAAGAUAACAACACUACAGAGAAAAAAGAUAGCGGCUAUAAGGGUUUCCGCAGAAGAAGAAUUAAUUUCUAGGGCUUGUAAACGUUUAGAUCUUCCACUUGAUUCUAAAUAUAAGUUUGUGUUAGACGACGAUGGAACUGACUUUGAAGAUUUUUAUGAACUGAUUGAAUUUAUUACUCAUACUCCGGGAGUACUAAUGAUUUUGAAGGAAGAUGAAGAAUGGAUAUCGAAAAUUUCUUCAUCCCAAGUUAGUGAAACUGAAGUACUGCAAUCUUCUAUCAUAAAGGAUGAGGUAACAAUAACAACUAUUUCAGAAUCUCCAACACCAUCGACUUCUAACAGUACCUUAACUAAUGAAGAACCUUGUAUGACACCAUUAAAAUGGCAAAAUAUUACGCCAAAGGGUUUUAAUGAUGUUCCGUACAAUUCAUGUUCUAAAGAGCUUCAAUUAAUAAGAAAUGUUGCAGAUUUUAUGAUAGAAGUAAAGACCACAACUUAUUCAGAUGCCUUGCGUAUGGCUAAAGAAAUAGUUACUCGUUUUCCUAAGGCUUUUGAAAAACGAACCUGGAAAAAUGGCGAGGAUUCUAUUUAUUCUGAUGGAAUAGACUCUCUUAGGACUAGGAUUUAUGAACGUUUGAAAUUUCUAAAAACAAUCAGCAAAAAGCGCAAAAGGAGUGAGUCAAUAGAUAAUGCAGAGGAGCUGGAAACCCGGAAAAAAACCAAAACAUCAAGAUAUGGUCAUAAUCAAGACUGCUAUGGCUGUGUCGCUUUUGAGCCAUCCCUUUCUGAAAAUGAAACUGAUGAGUCCCAAUUAAGUAAGAAGAGUAUUUUGUUAAAUUACAAAAGAUCAGAUGAAGGUACAUCAGAAGAAAUAGAGUCAUUAAUGAGUGACACUUAUCCAUCACAAAGAAUAAUGAUAAAUAAAAGGGAUGUAAAUAAAAUAGUUCUGGAGGAUAUUUUAAGAAAUCAUUGGCCUUACCUAACGGAAAAAAAGUAUUUUCUUUCGCAUGCCAACACUUUGCUUGGACAAAAUAUUAAAGAAGUUUGGAAUAAGAAUAUACAAUUAAAGAUUCCAGAAAUAAUAGUUUUUUUUAGAAGCUAUUGUGGACAAUUUAAUAAAAAAAAAUCUUUUCCUGAGGCUGUUGCACCAAUGAGAGAUAUUUUAAGUGAGGCAAAGAAAGCAAAUGAAAAUCUCGCCAGUAAUAUGGCAAGUACAUUAGUUUUUUUGCCUCUUAUUGCAAAAAAGUUUAAAGAGGAUGAGCUCUACAUUUUAGUUGAUUCUUUUGCUACUGAAGAUAAAAUCAAGGACAAAGCAGAUUCAAUACGCCCAUCAUUAAUAAUAAAAGGAAACUCACUUUAUGAUGAAAAAUGCGAAUGUCUCAUCUUCAUUGAGAGGGAGAAAGUUUUAGAGGCCGAUACUGUAUUAGAGGGAGUUUUACUAUUAACACUUUGUUUCUAUGUUUUCGGAUAUAAUUACCCUGAAAGAAAAACAUCAUCUUUAGAGUUUGUCCAGAGAAUGCUGUUAGAUAUUAAUCCGACAGAAGGACACAAACGGUGGACAAAGAAGUCCACAAAAAUAUGCAGAGAUGCAAAGGCGGGAAAAUUAAUCGACAACAUUGUUGAGUUCAAUUCCAAUUUUUAUACUCCAUAAAUUUAAUAUAUAUGUAUAAAACAUAUAAAUUCAUUAAGUCUACAUUUUGUUACUAUCUUAAUAUUAUAUUAUUAUAAUAGAUAUAUUUUCAAAGUAAUUUUAAAAAAAUAAAUUAAAUUCUGUUCAAA